UCUAUAGUAUUGUCCCCAGACGUAUAAUGGAAGCUUACGGGUACAAGAAGGUGGCAGCGACGGUGGGGCUGAUGGUGAUGGUGAUAGGCGCGAGCAUGGUGAGAGGUGAGGGGCUGUGCAGGAUGACGAAGGAGGGGCUGGAGGCGUGCCGGCCGUCAGUGAGUGGCCAGAACCCUCCUCCGCCCACCAAAGCUUGCUGCUCCGCCCUCUCCUCCGCCGACCUUCCAUGUCUCUGCCGUUUCAAGUCCUCUGGCUUCCUCUCUUUCUACGGCAUCGACCCUGACGCAGCCAUGAUCCUCCCUCUUCACUGCAACAUCGUCCAGUCCUCGUUCCACUGCCAACUUAAUUAAGUUUAUCACUCUUGCCUUCAUGGCUCGUGCCUGCCUAUACUUAUUUGUGUGGCUCUCAGCUUUACUACUUAUUACUCUUAUUGUUUUUGUUUAUUGUGAUGUUAGUGGUUUUUUAUUUGUAGUGUGUUUAUUAGUGCUUUGCAUGUUUUCACUUUGUCAUUUGGUGUUCCCCCGUAACUCUGAUUGUCAUUGUACCUUGUCAUGAGUUUUCCGUUUUUCUUUGGAAUCGUUUUGUUAGAAAAGCGUCUUUCAAGUUUCAAGGCAAAGUACUUUGAUGUU